GUCGCCACGGCCGCUGUCGGCGCCACUAGACCGCAUUGGGAAGGGUUCCCCGCGGCGAAGUGGGAUUCUUUCCGGCAUCUUCUUGCCUCUUGCCUCUCGCAAAAGAAUCCCCAGUGACUCAGAGGCUAACUUCCUUCGCCGAUUCUCUCUCCGUUCUCCUCAUUCCCCUCAUUCCCCUGCUUCACCCUAUUCCCUUUGCAUCCACCAUGUCGCACACUCUCUCGCAAAAAUACCUUAGUACGCGGGGUGGUUCCUACGGCCUCUCCUUCGAGGAAGUGGUCCUGAAGGGUCUGGCCUCGGAUGGUGGCCUCUUCAUCCCCGAGGAAAUCCCUACCCUCCCCGCCUCAUGGGAGUCGGAAUGGCGCGACCUGAGUUUCGAGGAGCUGGCCUUCAAGAUCAUGUCCCUCUACAUCUCCGAAUCCGAGAUCCCCAGUGAAGAUCUGAAAGACAUCAUCAACCGCUCCUAUGCUACCUUCCGCCACCCCGAACGCACCCCCUGUCUCGGAAACCUGUUUGAAUACUUCCUGGUGCGCAAGAACCAGGGCAAGGAGGGCAAGGACAGACACCACCUGACCGUUGUUGGCGCGACUAGCGGAGACACGGGCUCUGCUGCCAUCUACGGCCUGCGUGGUAAGAAGGAUGUGUCCGUCUUCAUCCUGUUCCCCAAUGGCAAGGUCUCGCCUAUCCAGCAGGCCCAGAUGACCACCAUCCUCGAUGCCAACGUUCACAACCUCACUGUGGAAGGCACCUUCGAUGAUUGCCAGGACUUCGUCAAGGCCAUGUUCGCCGACCCCGAACUCAACUCCACCCACAACCUUGCCGCAAUCAACAGCAUCAACUUUGCGCGCAUCUUGGCCCAGAUCACCUACUACUUCUACUCUUACCUCUCCCUGACCAAGACCCCUGGCUACAACUCCAAGAUGAGAUUCGUCGUGCCCUCCGGUAACUUCGGCGACAUCCUUGCCGGUUGGUUCGCCAAGCGCAUGGGUCUUCCUGCCGAGAAGCUGGUUAUCGCCACCAACGAAAACGACAUCCUGGACCGUUUCUUCCGCACCGGCGGUACCUACAGCAAGGGUGCCAGCAAUGGUGCCGGAGUCAAGGAGACCCACAGCCCCGCCAUGGACAUCUUGGUCAGCAGCAACUUCGAGCGUCUCAUCUGGUUCCUGGCCUUCCAGACUAGCGAGGGCAGCACUGCCGAGGAGCGUCGCAAGCAGGCUUGCGAGAAUGUCAGCAGCUGGCUCGACCAGCUGAAGACCCAGGGCACCUUCACCGUGCCUCGCGCUCUCUUCGAGGCCGCUCAGGUCGAAUUCGAAAGUGAGCGUGUGAGCAACGACGAGACCAUCGCUCAGAUCCGCUCGACCUACCAGACUUGCUUCCCCUCGAACCUUGGCCCUGGCAGUGCCAAGAGCUCCAAGACCGGCGGUUACAUUCUCGAUCCUCACACCGCUAUCGGUGUUGCCGCCUCUCUGCGCUCCAUCGAGCGUAACCCCGGCGUCAGCCACAUCUCCCUGUCCACUGCCCACCCCGCCAAGUUCGCCAGCGCCGUCGACCUGGCUCUGCGCGCUGAGGAUGGCUACGACUUCACUGAAGUCCUGCCCCAGGAGUUUAUUGGUCUCGAGCAGCGCGAGAGCCGCGUGACCGCCGUCGGACCCGGUGCUGGCUGGCAGGAGGUGCGUGAGAUUGUAAAGGCCGAGGUCGAGCAGGAGCUGGAGGGUAAGCGGUAGUUUUCUAAUUCCCAUCAAACUUUUCGUUCCUCUACUACAUACAACGCAUCAUUUCCAAAAGCUAUGCCGAUGAUAUCACACGAUCUUCACGUUUAAUCCAUGCCUCAUUUCGGUUUCUUUAUAGAUCAUAUAACCAAUAUAGAACAGAGUUCACUCAUAUACUGAGUGGAGUCAAGUUGGAU